UUUUACUCUGAAAUCAGGACAUUGUCCCUGAGCGAGGGGAAAACCGCCACCUUUUGAUCGACAAAGUGAAACAGAAGAUAAAGCUGCAUUGAGUCUGCAGGCGACUGCUAUCAAACGGGAUGAUCUGGAGCCUGUGCUUGCUUUAUUUGGCCGGGAGUCUCGGAGCCGUUCGCGCGGGUCCCGCCAAGCGACCGGAAAAAACGGCAAACGGCGUCGCCCCGCAGCAGGACGUCAACGUGCUCAUGUUUGGCGUCAUUCAGUUCAGCGAGUCCCUCAACGACGUGUACGAAAAAACCGAGGGCAAGGUGGCUAAAAUACUGCAGACUUUGAACGAGCGCGAGGGUGCUCUCUUGCGGCUCGGGGAGCAGACGGCGGAAGCUGCUGAGGUGGAGAGGCAGAUUAAGGAAGUGAUACGGCUGCUGCAGGACCAGACGUUCAAGCACGAGGUUCAGACCAAGUUGAGUGAGGGUCAGCUGGCUGACAUUGAACGGGAGGAAGCAGUUCUUCAGACAAAAGUCCAAAGCCUAGAGGCCUAUCUCAACCGUACAUUCCCCACCAGCAUCAAAGAGCUGCAGGAGCGAGCUGACUUGAAUGCCAGUAUCUUGAAAGGUCUGCUGCACUUGACCCAGUUUCAAAAGCAGAAGAUUGACAAGCACGCUGAGCAGCUCUCCACGCUGCAGAGGAUGAGCGAAGCGCAAUGAGAUUUCCAAGGAUGUUCGACAUCCUCAGCACUGAACCAUCACAGCACUCCUUUUCACCAUUUAAAUGCUCUCGCUAUA